AUGCCACUAGUAGACAUUAAAUCGCAGGACCAAUUCACCGAGCUAACAACUGAAAAUUCAGCAGGAAAACUCAUUACGCUAUAUUUCCACACAUCAUGGGCCGAACCCUGCAAAACGAUGAGUGCGGUGGUGACUGCGUUGAGCGAAGAGCCCGUCAACAAAGAAGUGCUGUUUCUGACGAUCAACGCAGACGACAAUGCGGAAAUUGCUGAAUUAUUCGACGUGACAUCGGUGCCAUAUUUCGUGAUGAUCAGAAACGGUACCAUCUUGCACGAAAUUUCCGGUGCUGAUCCUAAGGAAUUCGUCAAGGUGUUAAGCAGAUUUAACGGUAGUCUUGCUCCACAAGCGUCAGCUUCGUCGUCUUCAGCAGGCCAGGGCACUAAAGCAGGGGCUCUGGGGUCCAACAACGGCGAAGACGAGGAAGAAGAGGAAGAAGAAGAAGAAGAGGGAGAAAGUGAGGAAGAACUAAUAGAACGUCUCAAGAAAUUGACUCAGGCUGCUCCAGUGAUGCUUUUCAUGAAAGGCACACCGUCCGAGCCCAAAUGCGGCUUUUCUAGACAAAUGGUGGGCAUUCUACGCGAAUACCAGGUGAGAUUUGGGUUUUUCGACAUAUUGAAGGACGACUCUGUCAGACAGGGUUUGAAAAAAUUCUCAGACUGGCCAACUUUCCCCCAGCUGUACAUCAGCGGUGAGUUUCAAGGUGGUCUUGACAUCAUAAAAGAAUCGCUCGAAGAAGACGCAGAAUUCUUCCAGAAUGCAAUGAAUGCUUGA